AUGAGCAGCACAAUCAGCUCGAGCGAGGCCGCUCUCCCUCAACGCCAGGAAAAGCUCCAAAAACAACGCAUUGUAUCCCAUAUGAACAGCGAUCACCGUGACAGUCUUUCCAUGUUUCUCGAAGUGUACAGCAAAGUCCCCUACACCGAAGCGCAAACCGCCCAGAUCGAAGAGAUCCGUUUGUCUGGCAUGACCAUCUCUACCGCCGAUUAUCCUAAUCGCCCAAAAUCGUCGCGCACGAAUUUCUUCGUCCCCUUCGAACCGGCUCUGAGAGGAUACGAGGAUGUCAGAAGCAAAGUGGUUGAGAUGCACAAGUACUGUCUAAAGACGCUGGGUCGAUCCGACAUCACAAUCCAGGAGUACCGCCGACCCCGGGGCUUUAGUGCUGUCAUGUUCACCGUCUGCCUGGCCACGUUCAUCGCAUUCUCGCGGCGAUCGAAUUUUGUGCCUGGUUCCGAGCUAUACUCGCGCUUACUCCAUUAUGUCCCCGGCUUCGCGGCGUUUUGUUACAAGAUUCAGCCAUUGGUUAUUGGUGGUAUGGUCGUGAUUCACGGGAUCGAAGCCCUGCAUCUGUCGAUUUACAGAUUGCGUCCUCAUAGUGUAGCGAUUGGGUCGAAGGUGUGGUUGUUGUGGGUUCUGAAUGAUUUUAUUGAAGGAUUUACUGCAUUGCAACGGUUUGAUGCACUGGUGGAGGAGAAGAGGGCUUUGAAGGCCCAGCACAAGCCGAAUUUGAGGGGAUAG